CCCAAUACCAAGAAUUAAAGAAUUCCAUUGCGGAAGUAACCAACAACCUUAACCGCGUAGAAACCCAAUUAACUAAUGCCCUUAAUGACUUCAAAUCCGAGGUCAAUGAACGCUUUGAAGAACAAGAACGCAAAAUUUUAGCCAACAAACAACGCAUCGAAGAAGAACGCCGCAAACGAGAAGCUGAAAUCCAAGAAAUCAACAGCAAAAUAAAAGUCACGAACACCAACUUAGAAAACUUACGGCAAGAAAAAGAGGAAUUAUCCGACAAUUUUGAUAAGUACAAGGCUCAAAUCGACCAAAAAACUGCCGAAACUCAACAAAUCCUCGAAGACACCCAAGCCGAAUACGAAAGAAGAACUAAAAUAAUCGAAGCCCAAAUUGAAGAUAAUCAAGAAACUAUUGAGGAAUUUAAUGAACAAUUAACUAAUGUCCGCCACGAACAAGCCAAGCAAAGAGUUCAACAAGAAGAAAUCUUGGAAGAAUUACAAGAAACUAAUGAUAUUCUCUUCGCUCAGCAAAGAAAACUUAACCUCGUUGCCGAACAAAUGAACGAUAUCCAAGAAGAAGUCCACGAACGAAUGGAUAAACUUUCCCAAAAACUAGAUGAACGCAUAAACGAAACUCUUAAUAUUGCCAAGGACACCAAUCAAAAACUUGACCAACUAACCGAGGAAGAGAAAAAUCAAUUAAAACCCGAAGAGACUAAAUUUGAACCGUGGGGAGAAAGAGUCAAAGAAGAACAUGAAAGGGAGGAAACUGCCCAAGCCCAAGAUACUCUGGAAAAAAUUGAAGAACUAAAAAAAGAAACUUUAUCCCGCUUACAAGAAAUUCAGUCUCAAAUAACACAAAACCUUAAUGAAGUAGAAGAAAAAACAACUACUCCUCCACCUAAACCAUCUACUAAAUAUAACCAACCUAUUGCUGUCGCCCAACAAAAAAUCCAACAGGCCAAACAAAAAAUAACUGAUAAAAAACAAGCCCAAUGGGAAGCCCAACAAAAGGCUCAAUCUCAACCAACUAAAAAAAAUAUUGAACUAGCCCAGCAGGCUCAACGAGAAACUAAGCAAGCCGAACAAGAACUCGCCCAAGCCCAAGCCGAAUUACAAUCUUUACAAAGUCAACAGGAAUUUGAAGCCAGUUUAGAGAAGUUUGAAGAAGAAACCACCGAAAGAGAACAAGCCGAAAUUGAACAGCAAUGGUCUGCUAUUCAGGCUCUUUCUAAACAAGCAUUACAAGAAAAUUCUGAAUCAGAAGAAGAGCCUGAAGAGACCAAAGAAAAUGAUUUAGAUAAAAAAUUGGAAGAACUAGUCCAACAGUUAAAAGAAAUGGAACAGUCGGCAGCCGCCAGUCAAAAAACUAUGUCCAUGUUUAUGCUGUUCCUGAUUAUCUUCUUAUUAGAGUAU